AUGGGUAUUCCUGGGAUCUACGACGAAAUUGGACGGGGUGAAAGAGUCUCCUUAUCCAAGCUAGCUAUCGAGAAGUUCGAGGAGACAGGUCGUCCAUUCAGGCUUGCCAUCGAUGUCUCCAUUUGGCAGUUCCAAAUUCAAGCUGGACAAGGAGGAUCAAAUCCAGCUAUUCGGACGCUGUAUUAUCGUCUUAUACGCUUACUAGCAACAUCGAUACAGCCCUUGUUCGUUUUUGAUGGCCCGAAGAGACCUCAACUCAAACGAAAUAAGAAGGUCGGAAGAGGUGGAGCAUCGGCUUCGGAUAUCGCCACCAAGCAGCUAUUGAGAUUAUUCGGCUUUUCGUACCACAACGCUCCAGGAGAGGCCGAAGCGGAAUGUGCUCUUUUACAACGACAUGGGAUUGUCGAUGCUGUACUGAGUGAGGAUGUUGACACACUCAUGUUUGGAUCUGGAAUCACGUUACGAGAUUGGUCGUCUGAGGGCUCAAGGGGAAAUAAAGCUCCAACUCACGUUUCACUUUUUGAUGCGAAGAAAACUAAAGAGGGCAAAGCCGGGCUGGAUAGAGAAGGCAUGAUUCUCGUCGCUCUUCUAAGUGGAGGGGACUAUGCUCCUGAAGGUCUGAAGGGGUUCGGUGCAAAAAUAGCAUGUGAGGCUGCCCGAGCAGGAUAUGGAAAGUCACUAUGCAGGAUCUUGAGAUCCGACGAGGAUGGCUUGGCCAAUUGGAGGAACAAUCUGGUGCACGAGCUUCAAACCAAUGAGGGUGGGUUUUUCAAGACCAAGCACAGGAGUCUUAAAAUUCCGGACGAUUUUCCAAGCAGGGAGAUUCUGGGAUAUUAUACUCACCCUGUGGUAUCAUCGGCAACAAAAAUCGAGAAGCUAAAAGAUAAGAUCAUAUGGGACGGCGAAGUGGAUGUUCCUGGUCUUCGAGCCUAUGUCAAGGAAGCAUUUGAGUGGACAAACAAGGCAGGAGCCUCAAAAUUCAUUCGAAAUUUUGCUCCGGCCCUGUUGGUUCAUAAGUUACGACUUCGAGCCGAUCGACGAGACUCUGGUUAUGGUGAUCUUGUCCUUACACAGAUGAAUGAGAUGGAGUACGUGAGAGAAAUUUGUGGGAGGAGGGAGCAUUUUAGUAUGGAUGGUAAACCAGAACUGCGAGUUGUCUUUGCCCCACUCGACAUCGUCGGUCUAGAUUUGGAAGACGAAGAUGAAGAUUCAGGUGACUACGGACGAGAUGGUCUUGCGCCAGUAAAUGACGAUGACCAGAUCGAGGCAUAUGUAUCCGAGGACGAAGCACCGAAAGGUAGAAGGGCGACAGCGCCGUACGACCCUACCAAGCCGGACAAAGCCUGGAUACCCGAAUCGAUUGUAAAAGUUGGGGUACCUCUGAAGGUGGAAGAUUACGAAGAAGAGGAGAGGAAAAGGAAACUUCCAAAAGUAAAGGCUGUCAGGAAGUCAAGAGCAGCAGCCGUGGGCGGCAUGCCCAAAGGUGCCAUGGACAAAUUCGUCAAAGUUUCCAAGCCAGCUGAAGAUGAAUACGUCUUCACAAAAGCGCCAGCGAGAAUAACUGCUGCCUCACAGCCAGUUCUCCCUCCUGUCUUUCUUGCUCCUUCUCUGGAUAGAUUUCCAACAUCUCAACCAGUUUCAAGAUCUGAAAGCAAGGUGUUUUCUAACUCAACACAAACCAGUACAGAUGCACUUCCCUCGAAACUUGCCAGGAAACCACGCACCAAAACCAAGAUGAAUGUUCCCAUCAAGCCCAGACCGAAUGCCAAUCCAUGGUCACUCGCUAAACCAACGACAUCCUCAGAGGUCAAUCCCUCAAUAACUAAAUCUCUAAGCAGUCGAAUGCUGAAACCAAGAAGUCCGCCAGCAUCAUCGCAGCAAGAACCUUACUACAUCACAUCCAGCCCUCUAGCCUCACAGGAGUCGGCACCUACACUAUUACGGGCUACCUCAAGAAAACAUAACCGCUCCCCAUCAUCACCAACACCGCCACAGGUUUCUGAAACAGAGAUAAGCCUCCCAGAUACUGUAACUAUCUCUCGCCGCACGCGAAAAAUCCGGUCUCACCCUGUCAACACUCCAUCAAAAACUGCUACUCGCCAGCCAUCUUCCCGAUCCAAUUCUCCAUCUCGGCCGUCCUCUAGGAAGAAGAUGUCGCCAGGUCAUAAAACUGUAUGUAGCUCACCGGCCAGUUUGGAUACGUGGCCAUUGAGCUCCGAACCAUUAGCGAGAAAACCAUCAUUCUCUGCUCCUGCACGGUCCCCUUCUCCUCGCCCAUCGAUGAGUACUGGAAAUGAAAGCUCGAGUUUCAGCACGGAAAAUUUUGAUGAAGAUGAACCUGAAGAUCACGAUGAAAGCUACAGCGACUUCCCCAGCAUCCAAAAUAUGCUGUCCCCGGCUCCUGCCUCUACCCCAGGUCCAACCACAUCAUCUUUCACGUCGGAAUCAACGUCAACAACGACCAAAACUGUCAUUUGCCUCCACUCCUCGCCUCCUCAACCAGUUCGAUCCUCCCAAUCCUACUCGGCCAUUAAUCCAAUAACAUCCUUCUUCACAUCUUCCUCCCAAUCCACUAAAUCAGCUCUAGUCCCGAAAUCCGAUUCGGCCUACGUAGAACAGCCAUCUGCAAAAACCGAAGCAGUGCCGAAGAAAGGCAAGCGAUUCAUCACAUUGCGCGAGAGUCUAGAAGGGUCCUGGAAGGAGAUUAGUGAGGAGGAAAUGCUAGAGAAGGAGAAGGGGAAGGUGAGGAGAGCUGGAAGGAGUAAGAUGAAGGAAGUCAAGCGAUGGAGGUUCAGCGAAGUCGAGAUGUUGGAUUUGGCUGGUGAUUGA